GUCAAACCCAGCUGCCGGGGGCUCCGAGCAAGCGGAGCAGGCACAGUCGCAAAACGAAGCGGACACAAGUGUGCAGCACAGCGCCGAGCAGCCAUCCACUCCAGCCUACGCCAUCACGUACAGAACACAGCAUGGGCCGCCUGGGAAAAGGCAGACGGCAGAUGUGCCAGUCCCGGAAAGCACAACUAUGUGCCAGCAAGCAGACACGAAGCCCGACGGGCAUACGCCGCUCUUCCCACCUGAUAACGAUGCAGGGGAUCUGAUGGCGGCAACAAACGGCGGCAACGGAAAGAUGUUCUUAGGCGGAACGCACGGUCUCAACAAGCAGUUCGCGUCCGAGCUAGCGGACGCCGGCGUCGCAGUCAAGGACCUCCAAAAAGCGAUGAAGAAGCUCCAAAAGGUCGCACAACGCAAACCAGGAUCAGUAGCUACCUUUCAAGACGGCGACGAGCUUGCGGCAGCCGGUGUAGCCAGCAUGACAGCGGUAGCAAGCAGGACCUCGACGGCAGUAGGAUCCGCGGCUCUUGUGAUACCGGCAAGCAGCAAACGAGCGAUGGUGUACCUCGCAGCACCAAGCGGAGAGGACCACACGCGCCCGGAGUUCAUCGGCGCUCUGCGCGAGUGCUCGCACAGCGCUGUCACAGUGGUAGCAGAAUACAACAAGCAGCCGUCGCACAGCCGAAUCCAAGCACUGCGCUUCCAUCUCUUCGGAGGUGGACGCAACCGCAAGCCGCGUGUCACACCA